UUUGUGUUAUAUGUAUCUGCGGCUCUUAGCUAAAGAAAAAAUCAUCAAUGUACGAAAUAUAAUUCUUAGUAAUAUUUUUUCAGCACAUGAUAUGAUAAAAUAUUUACUUUGCUUUGUAUGCAAAUGUAUAAUUUACUAAGAAGAUUAAAAAUAGGAUUUUAAAGAUCCUAUAACAAUAUUCUAACCUAUAAACUGUGUAUUCUUACAUGCAAAAUAACUUCUUCAAAUUGGAAGCACUCCGUGAAAAAAAUAUUUACAUGCUUGACAAGUGUACAAGUGGAAUGUUUUAUCAACGAUGAGAGUAAUAUGAUAUAAUAUUUAUUGUGCAUGUUAUUCAGAUUCUGACAUUCUUUCAAGUCAAAUACACAAUACAUAUUAAUUGUAUCAAAAGUAAAUAAGAAAGUUUUAUAAUCAUGGCUGCGACAAGAGAAAGACGUACAAAUGCUGGCAAUAAAAUGGCAAGAUUAUUAAAUGAGGAAGAGGAAGAUGAUUUUUAUAAAACUACAUAUGGUGGUUUUGAUGAAGUAGAGCAAGAUAAUGAUUACAUGGAAGAAGAUGAGGCAGAAGAUGAGGUAGAUUCAGAUUUUAGUAUUGACGAGAAUGACGAGCCAGUUUCUGAUACUGAGCAAGAGGGGCCAAAAAAGAAACGUAGAUUAGUAACAAAAGCUUACAAAGAGCCUAAAUCUACUACAUUGCAUGCUCCAUCAACACCAAGAGAAAAGAAGAUUAGACAACCAAAACAAGAUAAAACUUUUAUAGAUAGCAUAGAAAGAAAGUCAAUACGCCGUUCUACUGCGGCAAAAUCAGCAGCUACACAAAAACGCUUACGUGAAAGAAAUCAAGAUCAAAGACGGAAAAUAAAAGUUAUAAGACAUAAUACAUGGAAACCAACACAGGAAGAAUUAUUAGAAGAAGCCUUACAAACAGAAGAAAUUAAUAUGAAAUCGUUAGAAAAGUAUCAAAAAUUAGAAAGUGAAAAAAAGACUACUAGGUCAGUAAGAAAGACGCAUGUUGGGACAAUGAUUAGGUAUCAGUCAUUAUCUAUGCCAGUCAUGGUAUUAUCUCAGACAUAUAUAAAUGAGGAUGAAAAAAUCAAUGUCGAAUGUGAUGAUGAGAAAAAUAUAAAUACAGUCUCUAAUAACACAGCUUCUGAUGGCUCCCUAAAAGAAGGAAGUGAAACAGAAUCGAAAACAGAUGGAAAAGAUGUUAAGGAGGAAUCUGUAGAUAUAGUCCCACCUGCUUCCACUAGAGAAAAAGAUAUUCAUGCCGAAGAAACUGGGACGUUUUAUGAACGUACGUUUAUUACUUUUGAAAAUGAACAAUCGUACUUGGAGGUGUUUAAAAAACCCACACAACAAAGACCUCCAUUAAAACCUCUUUGUGCAAUCACACGAUUGCCUGCCAAAUAUCUGGAUCCAAUGACACAGUUACCGUACAAAAAUGUACAGACUUUUCGACUGCUUCGAGAAGCAUAUUAUCAACAGUUAGAAGCUCGGCAUGAUCUUAACGAUACCUCUCAAAGUCCAGAAUUAUUACGAUGGAUUGAAUGGCGACAGAAGAACCAUGCUAAUUCACAGAAAAAUACUAUUCGCCUGGAACCAGCAUCUUUAUCUGCACCAUCAUAGUCUUUCUUACUUAAUUUUAUUCGAUAAGAAGUCUGAAGUGGAAAGCUCCGUGUAAAAAUAAAAUAAUCCCGAAGCAUAUAGUGCCCAAAAAGCUUAUACAGAUUAAUAUACUAUUAUUUGUGAAGAGCCGAGAGUGAGCAACGAAAAAG